CGGAUUACCGGCAAGCAAUGGGUCCUUUCCUCGUCGUCAGUAGCUUCACUAACGAGACGAUCUUGGGUCGAUUAGCAUGCAAGUCCGACUAGCUCAUGCCACCCGCUUAGCUAAUUUGCUCCGAUUAGCUAAUCGGACAGGGAGGUUGCCCUAAGAAAACAUCCUCAGUUGAUUAAACACAAUGGGUCCAACAGCAAUCAUGGCCUGGGCUCAUGCUGGGGGGGUGAAAAGGGGAACCCAAUGAGGCGCAAAAUAAGGAUAUAACCUACAGCUCGGCGAAUUAUUCGCUCGGAUGUCGGACGUCGGUCUAUCGAUGGCAAAUCCAUGGCUUAUAUUAGGGGGAAAGGCCUCUAUGGAUUCCCCUGGUCCUGUGGGUGCUUUUCUUUCAUUUUUCUUCUUUAACCUCAAUAUCAUUGUAUCUUAAGAACUAAAUCGUUAUUCACCCAAGGCUUCUUGCCUUUCUGUUUGACUGGAAGUACCCAAUAUCAUCAUCAAUCAUAUCGACAACAUCCCAAUCCUCCAGCUAGCAACAUGCAGCUGACAAAAUCAUUUUUCGGCGCGCUAGCAGGAGCGUUUAUUUCUCUCCAGCUGCUGUUUCUCGCGAACAUGUGCUAUUUGUAUGGUACCGCCUAUCAUGACUCGAUUCGAUUCAGCACGAUGAAGCUUUUGUUUGUGGAUUAUGAUCAGGACGUGAUCGGCCAGUCCGUCAUGACAGCGUACGAUCAACUGAAAAGCCCGUCAUUUCCAACCGUUCAGCGACAUUCCAUAACCGAAUACCCCACGGAGCAGGACGUGCGAAAUGCUGUUUGCAAAGGCCACUACUGGGGUGCCAUAUAUUCCAAAGCGAAUGCUUCCGCCCGUUUAGCCACGGCACUUUCUUCCGCAGAAGCUGCUAGGGAGUAUAAUAACUCUCAGGCACUGACCUACAUCUGGAAUGGAGCUAAAUACUCCGCCUAUGCCCAAAGCGUGUAUUCGAUGCUGGUACAGCUCGUCCAGGGCACUGCCGGCGUGUAUGACCAGGUGAAUGGAACUACGAUAUUAUCCACCGCCAAUGUCUCUGACCCAUACAUCGCCAAAACUGUGCUAAACCCUAUCUCAAGCUCCUCAAUUGAUCUCCGGCCGAUGGCUCAAGGGGUCCGAUUCUACUACAAUACUGUUUCCAUGGUCAUGCCCAUCCUGCAACAAUUCUUUUUUCUCCUGGCGCUUAAUGCUAUCUCCGCACAGUUCAAACUCUUCUCCAGCCUAUCACUAAAGCAGAACAUCGCCCUCCGACUGAUUAUCUCCAUUUGCUAUACCUUCAUCGCCUCCCUGUGCAUGAGUGGUUACAUAUGGGCCUUCCGGGAGGAUUGGAACGCCACGUCCGAUCAAUUUGGGCUGACAUGGAUGGCGAUCUGGCUAGUCAUGCACCUAAACUUCCUCAUCAUCGACGCAGCCACGGCAUUCAUUCCGAUGCAGUUCAUGUCCUUCUUCAUGUUAACCUGGAUCAUCCUCAAUGUCUCAAGUAGUAUCGGCCCUUUUGAGCUCUCGCCAGGGUUCUACCGGUUGGGCUAUGUGUUCCCUGCCCACGAACUCUAUGAGAUUCUGCUUCAGAUUUGGACCGAUGGCUGCAACCCGCACUUGUACCGUGCCCUUCCAAUUCUAUGGUCCGAGUGGGCUGUUGCUCUUGGCCUUUCUUUUCUUGGAAUGAGAAAGCGCACUAAGCCGGCGGCCCCUGUCCAAGCGACGAGUCAAACAGCGAAGGAGGAUAUGGCCUGAUUGAUGGACUCUUUCUUUCUUUCUUUCUUUCUUUCUUGUCUUGUUCUUUUUCUCCAGUUCCAACAUAUAGUUAUAGAGAAGCCAUGUAUACCUUGGUUCGGGUCCCGUUUUAG